UUGUCCUAGAAAGGACAGAUAGUUAAACACUCUUACUUUCUUUUUACAGAGAUGAGGACAAUGAGGCUCGUAGGACAAGAGUGACUUGCUCUGCCACGAUAAUGCGGGUUUGUGAAUGUCAGAGCAGGUGCCCACUCGAGGUUCUGUCACUGCCUCAGGAGAAGCAUGAACCAGAAGCUACUGAAGUUGGAAAACGUGCUACAGUUUCACACUAUGUGUAGGCAGUUGCACAGCCUGGGUCCAAGACGACUGUUAGCAUGGUGGAGGCCUGGGCUUCCACCAGCUCACUCCGUGCAGGCAGACCAGCUCAUUGGCUCAGCCUUGCCUCAGCACAGGCUUCUUGUCACAAAGAAGGAAAAAGAACCAUCAAGAUCUCAGUUGUCUCCAAUAAAAAGUAAAAAGGAGGUGGAAGUAUGGGUUGGAAUGACUGUUGGAGAACUAGCCAGAGCGAUGGCAAAAGACAUAGAUUGUGUAUAUGAAGCUUUGUUGAACACUGCCAUUGAUGUAGAUUCACUGGAAGCAAAGUCCCAGCUAGACGAAGUCUGGAUCAAAGAAGUUAUAAAGAAGGCAGGGAUGAAACUGAAAUGGAGCAAAUUAAAGCUGGAGAAAGUAAGAGAAAACAAAGAUGCUGUAAGAAGGCCUCAGGCGGAUCCAGCCUUGUUAAAACCGAGGUCCCCAGUGGUUACCAUAAUGGGUCAUGUUGAUCAUGGGAAAACAACGUUACUUGACAAACUUCGGAAAACGCAAGUGGCAGCCAUGGAAGUUGGAGGCAUCACUCAACAUAUUGGUGCUUUUCUUGUCUCUCUGCCUUCUGGAGAAAAGAUCACCUUUCUUGAUACUCCUGGACAUGCUGCCUUCUCAGCAAUGAGAGCCAGAGGAGCUCAGGUCACUGACAUUGUUGUGUUGGUUGUAGCUGCAGAUGAUGGGGUGAUGAAGCAAACUGUAGAGUCCAUUCAGCAUGCCAAAGAUGCUCAAGUUCCUAUUGUCCUUGCAAUAAAUAAAUGUGACAAAGCAGAUGCUGAUCCUGAAAAAGUAAAAAACGAGCUUCUGGCUUAUGAUGUGGUGUGUGAAGACUAUGGCGGUGAUGUUCAGGCGGUGCACGUCUCUGCGCUUACAGGCGAGAAUCUGAUGGCUUUGGCAGAAGCAACAACUGCUCUCGCAGAAAUGUUGGAACUGAAAGCAGAUCCCACAGGCCCAGUGGAAGGCACGGUAAUAGAGGCGUUCACAGACAAAGGAAGAGGUCCUGUUACCACAGCUGUCAUUCAAAGAGGAACUCUGAGAAGAGGCUCAAUUCUCGUUGCUGGGAAGAGUUGGGCAAAAGUGCGACUGAUGUUUGAUGAAAAUGGUAAAACGCUUAAUGAGGCCUGUCCCAGCAUGCCAGUGGGAAUCAUAGGCUGGAGAGACCUCCCUUCUGCAGGAGAUGAAAUUCUUGAAGUAGAAUCUGAGCCAAGGGCCCGUGAAGUUGUUGAGUGGAGGAAGUUUGAGCAGAAAGAGGAAAAAGGCAAAGAUGAUCUGAAAAUAGUGGAAGUAAAGCGAAAGGAACACCAAGAAGCCCAUCGGAGAGCACGUGACAAGUAUGGGACUGUGCACUGGAAGAAGAGGUCGUACAUAAAGUACCUUGAAAGAAAAGAUCAAAGACCCUUAAAGCACAAAGAAAAGGUAGAAAAGGACUCCAAUGUAUUUCCUAUAAUUAUUAAAGGUGACGUUGAUGGCUCUGUGGAGGCCAUCUUGAACCUUCUGGAUUCCUACGAUGCUUCCCAUGAAUGUGAACUAGAAUUAGUACAUUUUGGAUUGGGUGACAUUAGUGAAAAUGAUGUCACCUUUGCGGAGACAUUUGAUGGUAUUAUUUAUGGCUUUAAUGUGAAUGCAGGCAGCGCUAUCCAGCAGUCAGCCGCACAAAAGGGAGUUAAGAUCAAACUUCACAAAAUCAUCUACCACCUUAUUGAAGAUUUGCAGGAGGAACUAAGCAGCAGACUGCCCCCCACGCUGGAGGAGCGCCCCAUAGGUGAGGCUUCUGUAUUAGCUACCUUCUCUGUAACAGAAGGGAAGAAAAAAGUUCCUGUAGCUGGCUGCAGAGUUCAAAAGGGACAGUUAGAAAGGCAGAAGAAGUUUAAAUUAAUCCGAAAUGGGCAAGUUAUUUGGAAAGGCUCAUUAACCUCUCUGAAACACCAUAAGGACGACGCUUCAGUUAUCAAAACUGGUAUGGACUGUGGUCUUAGUUUAGAUGAAGAAAAAGUAGAAUUUAAAGUGGGAGAUGAAGUUGUUUGUUAUGAAGAAAAUGAAGUUCCAGCUAAGACUUCUUGGGACCCAGGAUUUUAAAUGUACAUUAAAAGUGAUAAAUGUA